AUGAGCGAAGGAGAAAUGGCAAUGGAUAAUGUCCCCCCUGGACUUCCUGGAAAAGAAUGCGAUAGAAUGGGCGGCAAAUACAAAUACCCAGAAAAUCAAGAAUUUCGGGCGGCCGUAGUCAAUGCCACCAUUUACGGAUGCAAUCUCGAGUUUUGGUCGAGGCUAUACUUGAAUUCGCCGAGAGUUUACAAGGCCAUGGAACCAGCGAAAAUUUGGGUAGCGGGAAGAGCGGGUUAUCAGUAUGAAAUACCAGAUGCCGAAAUAGCUAUUGGAAGUAUCUUUGAGUGUCGGGUGUACCAGUGGAUUGAGACUAGAUCCUUGAUUACAGAAGCAGUGGAAAUCAAUUGUCAGCAAUUCGUCAGUCUUAACAAGAAUCGGAUGUUUUCUCGAGCAGAAAGGGACAUGGUAUAA